AUGGGUCCUUUACCUAAGAAGACCGACCCUAGGGAACUUCAUUCAUCGGAAAAUGGCGACGAUAUUAUUCCAGAUGAGGCUAUCCACGUCCCCGGUUAUGAGUCAAAGCUUGAAAUCGCGCACGGCGAGACAAGGAAGGCAUUGUUGAAAGUCGACUUAUGCAUUCUGCCGGUCAUUGUGCUUUGCUUCUGCUUUCUCCAAUUUGACCGUACCAAUAUUGGCAAUGCCUUGACUGACACUCUGCGAACCGACAUCAAGAUAAAUAAUUCAGACAUCAACUUGGCACAAACCCUGUUCACGGUGGGUUUCAUCGUGACGGAGCUGCCAUUCAACAUGAUUAGCAAGUGGAUGGGGCCAGAGAGAUUUCUCCCAAUCACCAUGUUUCUCUGGGGCAUUGCGACUUGGUCCCAAGUCUUCAUUACGAAUGCAGCCGGGCUUUGCGCCGCUCGCUUCUUUAUUGGUGCCCUUGAAGGCGGUUAUAUUCCAGGCUUCGCACUCUACAUAUCGCGAUAUUACACGAAUCAGGAGUUGGCCUUGCGAUAUGCUAUUUUUUGGGCUUCCAACAGCUUCGCGGGAGCAUUGGGCGGACCUUUAUCCAUUGGCCUCCUGUCACUUCGAGGCCGAGGUGGUCUUGCAGGGUGGCAAUGGCUUUUUCUGAUCGAGGGUGUCUUGACUUGUGUUCUCGGAGUCGCCGCAUACCUGUACCUCCCUCACAAUGCUGCUUUACCAAAGUCGUUCUUUGGCAAAUCAUUCAACAUCUUCGCCGAGCGCGAAGCAUCCAUCAUCGUUACCCGUGUCAUCCGAAAUGACCCCACCAAGGCCCUCCGAUAUGGACAACCAGUUCUGCUCUCCCACAUUGCAGAGACGCUUGCUGACUGGAGGCUAUACGGGCAUCUCGUGGCUGGCCUCCUUUCAAUGGUUAUGAUUUCGCCGAUGAACACCUAUGCACCUUCCAUCAUCAAAUCAUUGGGUUUCACCGCGCUUCAAGCCAAUGGCCUCAAUUCCGUUGGUAGUGUGUGCGCAUUGAUCUGGUCAGUGAUGCUGGCCUUUAGCAGCGACCACUUCCGCGAGCGAGGGUUCCAUAUUGCAUUGGGCUAUUCUUGGGGAGCGGCUGGCUUGCUCUGGCUCGCAUUGGCGCCCGACAAUGUCAGCAAAUGGACGCUCUAUGGUGGCGUUGUCUGGACACAGAUGGGCAUGGGAUGCGUCCAGGCCAUCAGUGCUGCUUGGCUCACUGCCAAGAUGCAAGACUACAGGCGACCUGUAGCACUGGCUGCCUAUGUGAUGAGCAUACAGCUUGCCAACUUUCCUGGUAACCAACUAUUCCGGGAUCAAGAUGCACCUCGAUAUACUCGCGGGCUGAGCAUCGCUGCCGGCUGUGCUCUUGCCGCUGCGGCUGUGAUUCUGUUGUGGAAGCUGUUGUAUCGUCUGUUCGACAACGGCGAUGCUGGUGUUGAGGCCCAGUUUCAUGUUGCUCCGGCAGAAGGCAGGGGCUCAACCGGGAUGGAGAGCGCCAUAGGGGGAAAAUCUAUCUAG